GGAGGCUUGUAUAGGCAGCGGAGACGGGUAAUCAUGGUGGACUGAUCGGAGGGUGCUCGGUUGGGAACGUAGAAAGGGCCCUUCGGAGGGGAUGGAUUCCUUACUGGCCUCCGCCAGCCGCUCCGAGGACGAGGACUCGUCUGCCGGACACAAGAGGAUUCUCUCCCAGGGGUCUGGCCUCAUCCCUAAGAGGAGGAGCUCGUCCAGGUUUAUUAAGCGAAAGAAGUUUGAUGAUGAAUUGGUGGAAAGCAGUCUCGCUAAAUCAACAAGUCGGGCACGUGGGCCCAGUGGGGGAGAGCCAGGGCGAUGUUCAGGCAGUGAGCCUUCAUCUAAUGAGAAGAAGAAGCAAAUCUGUAAGACUGUUACCACUCCAGCUCCGCCAUCUCCCGCUCCGAGCCCUAGCAUCACUAAACGGAUAAAGAAGAGUAAACAGCCGCUGCAGGUCACCAAGGAUCUGGGGAGAUGGAAACCAUCUGAUGAUCUCCUACUUAUUAACACAGUGCUACAGACUAAUGAUCUGCAGGCUGUGCACCUUGGAGUCAAGUUCAGCUGCCGUUUCACUCUGAGUGAAAUACAGGAGCGGUGGUAUGCUCUGCUAUAUGACCCCGUCAUCUCCAAGCUAUCAUGUCAGGCAAUCCGACAGUUACACCCGGAAGCUAUUGCUGCCAUCCAAAGCAAGGUGCUGUUCAGUAAAGCUGAAGAGCAGUUGCUGAGUACAGUGAGCUCUAGCUCACAACCAACACUGGAGACCUUUCAGGAUUUAUUGACCAAACAUCCAGAUGUUUUCUACAUGUCACGUACAGCCAAGUCUCUGCAGGUCCAUUGGCAACUUAUGAAGCAGUACUAUCUUCUGGAUGACCAGACAGUUCAACCAUUACCCAAAGGCGAUCAAGUGCUAAACUUUUCCGAUGCAGAAGAUAUGCUAGAUGACACCAAACUUAGAGACACUCGGGAUGAAGUUCUAGAACAUGAGCUGACAGUAGCCGACCGUCGGCAGAAAAGGGAGAUCCGUCAGCUGGAGCAGGAGCUGCAUCGGUGGCAAGUUCUUGUGGACAGCAUUACUGGAAUGAGCUCUCCAGACUUUGAUACUCAGACACUGGCAGUAUUGCGAGGACGCAUGGUGCGGUAUUUGAUGAGAUCUCGGGAGAUAACUCUUGGCAGAGCCACAAAGGACAACCAGAUUGAUGUGGAUUUGUCACUGGAGGGCCCAGCGUGGAAGAUUUCUCGUAAGCAGGGUGUCAUCAAACUAAAGAACAAUGGAGACUUUUUCAUAGCAAAUGAGGGCAGGCGAGCUCUGUACAUUGAUGGUCGGCCUGUUCUACCAGGAAACAAAUGGAAGCUCAGUCACAACUCUGUAGUGGAGAUAUCUGGCCUCCGCUUUGUGUUUCUUAUCAAUCAAGAUCUCAUAGCCCUCAUCAAAGCAGAAGCAGCUAAAAUGAUCCAGCCUUGAAAGCAGUUUCCUGCAAUGAAACGUGAAAAGAUCACAGGAAUCCGAUGAAUGGCACAUCUAUACAAUCGUACAUUCUGCUGUGACCCGUAAACUAGAUCCUGGGCCGGCAGAGCUUCAACAGAGACCUCAUUGUUACAAAGGGGUUCCAUCUAGCAAUAAGGGUCACCCUGUAGCUCGCUUGUAAAAUAUAAAUAUUGCAAAUUGUGUUAUACCGGAAGGUUUUUUGUUUAUAAUUCUUGUUCGUUUUGCUGUCAUUAUUGUUAGUUUUUCUUAACUGUUCCAUGCUCGUAUAAAAUGGACCGUGAUUUGUAAAGAAUUAGU